AUGAGUUCGUCGCACGCCCCAACUAGUCCACCCGCCGAGGAUGACCCAGCCAGAACCAUUGUAUACGAUCCGAGCGAUCCGUUCUGGCGAGAAACCAACGACGAGUAUGAUGACGACAUGGACUUUGUACCUGCAGAAGAGGGCACCGACGAUAACGAUGAAGGUGAAGCUGAUCUGAGCUUUCACGAUGCCGCAGAACGGUUGAGCAAUCUCAGCGGAGUGGAGAUCGCAUUCGAAUACACCGAUGAUAACGACGAUGACGACGACGACGAUGAUGACGAAGAUGAAGAGGACGACGAAGAUGGAGACGAGAACGAGGAAGAGAACGACGAUGCAGAGGAAGACGAGAUGGACAACCCUCGCCAGCCAAUUAUGAUUACGCGCGAGCAGAUAAUGCAGUUGCUUGGACACGCUGGAUUGGGCCGCAUAUUCGCCACCGAUUUCAUUCCACGAUCCGCGCUCCGGCGACGCAGACUCGAUGAGGACGACGAAGAUGAGGACGAAGACGAUGGCUACGACCCUCUCGGUUCGACGAGGACCUCUGGAAGGAGGCGACGACCACGAGGCAUAGAUUUGUUUGAAAAGGUGCCUAGCGAGCAGGGCCAGGAAUUGAUGCAAGGGGGCAACUUCGGAACAAAUCCUCGAUCGCAAGACACACUUAAGCGAAAAAAGAAGUUAGCUUACAACAUCAUGCGACGAGAGUUAGGUAUUGGUGGUGACGGUCGCCAGAAGAAUUCCACGAGAUUGUUGAGGCAAGAAAUGAUACCAGAAUCAGUGGCCGACACAAUCAUUCACUACAAUGCGAGAUGCUAUUCAGGACAGUUUUCAGACGAUGGCAACUUCUUCUUUUCAUGCGCUCAGGAUUUCAAAACUGUAAGGUAUGAUGGUGGUCAAUGGACGAUUACGGAUGCAUCAUUAAGUCCAGACAAUCGCUUUCUGGCAUACAGCUCCAUUAGGAGUAUUGUCGCACUAGCACACACCGACCCUGACAACGAUUCUGAACCACACUAUCUUGAUUUUGCAGACCUCGGUCGGCCUACCCCACGUGGGUAUCGCGGAUAUUUUGGUAUCUGGUCGAUAAGAUUCUCUGGCGAUGGUCGCGAAAUUGUAGCAGGAACGGGAGACAGUUCUGUUUAUGUAUACGACAUUGAACGUCGUCAGUCAGUGCUACGCAUACCAGGUCAUCAAGAUGAUGUGAAUGCAGUCUGCUUCGGCGACACUCAAUCGCCACACAUUCUUUACUCUGGCUCCGACGACACAACGCUCAAGGUCUGGGAUCGAAGAAGUAUGGGUGACGGUCGCGAAGCCGGUGUUUUUCUGGGACACACUGAGGGCUUGACAUAUGUCGACAGCAAGGGAGAUGGACGAUACGUGCUUAGUAACGGCAAAGAUCAGACUGCUAAGCUGUGGGAUCUGAGGAAGAUGAUGUCGAAGGAGAAGGCAGACGGCAUUGAUCCCAAUGCAUACACCAACCGCUUCGAGUACCGAUCCAACGCAUACGACUUUGAUGAGUACCGUCCGCAUCCACAUGACUGCUCACUUGUUACGUUCCGCGGGCACAAGGUGUUGAAGACGCUUAUUCGAUGUCACUUUUCGCCUCCUGGUAGCACAGAUUCGCGAUAUGUUUACUCUGGCAGCUACGACGGCUCGGUCUACAUCUGGAACAUGGAUGCGACAAUUGCUGGCAAGGUCGAUGUUCUCAAGGCAACCAGGAACUCACGACCACGCGACCCAGAUCUUCUUGCUGGAAUGUACGAGCACUGGGGUAGAAACGAGGGCAGAUGGCAGACGUGUGUUCGUGACGCGAGUUGGCAUCCCAACGCGCCUAUGAUUGCUGCAACCUCAUGGAACGGCUGGGGUACCUCACAGGGAACUUGCACAGUCCACACUUGGAACGAUGGCCUUGAAGAAGAUGAAGCAGAGCCUAAGAUUGGGAGGCGGGUCAAUGCACAACUGCAGCAUGAUGAACGGCUUUACACGAGUCCUGAGGGCAGGGCGAGACGACACCCCAUGUGGUAUGAAGACAUGAUGAAUGAGGAGUGA